AUGGCCGAAGCACAAGCCCCCCUCGUGGCCGUCAAGGUCGAGGCCCUGGUGGUGAUGAAAAUCAUCAAGCACUGCAACCAGACCUUCCCGACCACUGCAACCGGUUGCCUCGUCGGCAUGGACUUUGACAACACCCUCGAGAUCACCAACUCUUUCCCUUUCCCCGUUGUUGAGAUGCCCACCGAGUCGCACUUCGACAACGCCUCCCCGAACCCGGCCGCCGCUGCUCCCCGCGCUAAGGGCAACGCCGCCUACCAGGCUGAGAUGAUUCGCAUGAUCCGCGAGGUCAACAUUGACGCCAACAACGUCGGAUGGUACACCAGCGCCAACAUGGGCAACUUCGUCAACAUGAACGUGAUUGAGAACCAAUUUUACUACCAGAAGGAGCUGAACGAGCGGACAGUUGCGCUGGUUCACGACGUCAGCCGCAGCGCUCAGGGAGCCCUCAGCCUACGCGCGUUCCGCCUCUCCGCUAAGUUCAUGGAGGCGUUCAAGGAGAACAAGUUCACCUCAGAGGAGUUGCAAAAGUCCAACAUCCGCUACCAAGACAUCUUCGAGGAGCUCCCCGUGGAGAUCCACAACUCGCACCUGAUCACCUCCUUCAUCCACCAGCUGCAGAACCCUACCACCUCGAGCUCGACUGACCUUCCCCCCUCUCUCGCCGCUCUCGAGGCCGGCCCCUUCUCCAAGUCCACCAUCCUCAGCCCCAACUUCGACAACCUGUCCCUCAGUAUUGAUCCUUUCCUGGAGAAGAACUGCGACCUCCUGCUGGACAGCAUCGAGGCCCACAACACCGAGGUCAACAACUACCAGUACUACCAGCGUGUGCUCGGCCGCGAGCAGACCAAGAUCAACAACUGGAAGCAGAAGCGCGCCCAGGAGAACGCCACUCGCGCCACUCUCAAGCAGCCUCUGCUCCCCGAGGACGAGUGGCAGCGUCUCUUCAAGCUCCCCACCGAGCCCAGCCGGUUGGAGAGCAUGCUCAACACCCGCCAGGUGGAGCAGUUCUCUCGCCAGGUCGACAGCUUUGUCUCAUCGACUACCGGCAAGAUGUUCGCUGCCAAGGGCAACUUGCUGCCUGAGACUGCGAACUAG